ACAUCGAGUUUGCAUACAAUCGAACAAUUCAUUCCGCUACGAGGCACUCACCUUUCGAGAUCGUGUAAAUACAUCGUCAAUCUCGACGGGGAUGCGAAAGCCGAGCUCGUCAAAAGACUCCAUGAGAAGGUCCGAGAUAAUAUUGCACGUCGAACCGAGCAAUAUGCACGCCAAGCCAACAAAGGUGAUGACAUUUCGAGGACGAAAUCUUUUCAAGAGGUAGGGCAUGAUGAAGACAUCGAUAAAUUAGAGCAUAUGGGAGCAGCUCGGAAUGGACGCAAGGAAGCUGCUCGGAAUGAAGGCACGGAAGCAGCCACGGAUGAGAGAAUGGACGCCGUUGAGACGGAGUACUCGUGCGGGCCGGAGGUAACACAUUCACUUCCGCCACCUGCUGUCCCUUCGGCCAAAACCAAUCCACAUGUCGAUUCGAAGUCCCAUUCUUCGACAGCCCAAGUGCGUGCCGAACCUCCGAUCACCCGAGCAAGGACACAAGCACUCCAAGGGAAACUCAAUGCCUACUUCCAUCGUGCAUUGACGCUACCAAGCGAAGAGAACACAGUGUCCUUUUCCACCGAAGAAACCCGAGCCGCGGGUAACUUGUUCGUGGUCGAUUCCAAAGCUUUUUGUGAUCCAAGUCACUAACCAAAGGAAGCUUCUUGAGAUGCAAGACACCUCCCAACAGCCAUAUUCAGCCCACCGACCUCAUUUAUGGCUCACGUCUUGCAUGUGUUGUUGCUUUAAUUAUGUUGU